UCCUCUGGUCUGGAUCUAUUGAUUAUUUUCACAGUGCUAAAGUUGCUUAGUCGGAUGUCUGUUUACCUAAAUCUGAAGGUGGUUUGGGGCUUAGGAGACUGGGAAUUUGGAACUCCACCCUUUGUCUUAAGUUGGUGUGGCUUCUUUUUGCUGGUAGUGGUUCUUUAUAGGUGGCUUGGCACCAGUUUCACAAUUUGAGAGGUAAAAGCUUCUGGUCCUUACCUGAUUCUCCUCGCCUCUCUUGGAACUGGAAAUGCCUUUUGCGGCUGAGGGAUACUGCCAGACCUUUUAUGGCUUACAAGCUGGGAAAUGGUUGCUUAGCAAAUUUCUGGUUUGAUACUUGGACCCCUCUAGGUCCUUUAAUCACUCUCUUUGGCGCCAACGGUCCUACAGAUUGGAGAGUUUCUUUGCAUGCAAAGGUCGCCUCCGUCUUUUCUCACCUUGGUUGGCGACUGCCGCCUUCUUCCUAUCCUCCUGUUAUUGCUCUUCACGCCCAUCUCUCAACAAUCAGGCAGCCCCUUGACAUGUAGAUGAUGAUCUUUAUAGCUGGGUUAUUGAUGGUUCCAGUUUUCAAUGCUUUCCUAAGGCCAAAACUUGGGAAGUGGUUAGGCCUAAAGCGAGUAAACCUGAUUGGUACUCGUCUAUUUGGUUCAAGGGAGCCACUCCAAAACAUGCUUUCACAAUGUGGGUUGCCCACCUUAACCGUCUGCCCACAAGAGUGAGACUUGUGUCUUGGGGUUUGAAUAUUCCCUCCUCUUGUUGUUUGUGUUCUGUUAUGGAAGAAACGAGGGAGCAUCUCCUACUGAGAUGUGUUUUUAGUGCUCAGAUUUGGCACUUGGUUCAGUCCAAGCUGCGACUUUCGCCUUGCAUUUUUAUUUCUUGGACUUCUCUUCUGGUUUGGAUGAAGCUCAAAAUAGAGUUUGCGCCUCCAAUUCUUCGGAAAUUAGUCUCCCAUGCAACAGUCUAUCAUGUUUGGAAGCAAAGGAAUAACUUGCUGCACAACGGCUCCUCUCUCUCACCUUUGGCCACCUUCAAAGAAAUUGACAGGGAAAUCAGAAACACUAUCACCGCUCGCAGAAACAGAAAGGCUUUCCGAAGCCUAAUGCUCUUGUGGAUUCGGUAGACUUUUUUGAUUGACAAUCAACAGUA